UACUGAUAUAUUUAGCUGGUCGUGUUGUGUUUAGCGUAAUAUUAAAUAAGAGUGGAGGCUGCACGCACGUCAUACGUCUUGAUCAUGGCGUGAAAGAGCCAGUUCCUGAGCCAUGGAAAUCGUUAUUGCGGAUUUAAAUGUCUCCCUACUUUGAGGACACGCUCGUUUUUUGACGCUAGUUGAAUUGCGCCGCAAAACUGUCACGAAUUUGCACAGAAACUCGAUUCGGGUGGGUGAGAACAGAGCAAAACAGCGAGGAUUGGGGGAUUUCUUUAGCAAUAUGGCUGGUGAGUGGGGCUGGGGACGCUGGCACAGGCUCUCCACGGCUCCUCAAUGCUAGCUGAGGCGGAUGGCACCGUCCCCCAUGGCAGCGACAGCUCUAUGAGGACAAGCAAUAUUAAUAACAAUAUCAAUCCGGACUCGUCGAUCUUAAUCUCCAAGAUGGAAGACGUGGUCAUCCCGUUCUCGUCCGAGGUGCCCUGCGACAAUAACGGGCAGCGCAUGUGGUGGGCAUUCCUCGCCUCCUCCAUGGUGACGUUCUUUGGGGGUCUCUUCAUCAUACUGUUAUGGAGGACACUCAAGUAUCUGUGGACCGUGUGCUGUCACUGCAACAUCAAAAACAAGGAGGCGCAGAAGGUGAGCAACCCGGCCAACGCGCAGGCAGCCGCAGCAACCAAGAACCCCGACGAGAAGGAGGAGGCCCCAGCGAGCGAGGUGGGCUGGAUGACCUCGGUGAAGGACUGGGCGGGCGUCAUGAUUUCGGCGCAGACGCUAACGGGCAGAGUCCUGGUGGUGCUGGUGUUUGCGCUCAGCAUCGGGGCCCUCGGGAUUUACUUUAUAGACUCCUCAGAUCCUAUAGAAUCCUGUCAGAACUUCUACAAAGACUUCACGUUACAGAUCGAUAUGGCCUUCAACGUCUUCUUCCUCCUUUACUUCGGCCUGCGGUUUAUAGCAGCCAACGACAAGCUGUGGUUUUGGCUGGAGGUCAACUCCGUGGUGGACUUCUUCACCGUCCCUCCCGUGUUCGUCUCCGUCUACCUGAACCGCAGCUGGCUCGGUUUGAGGUUUCUGAGAGCGCUACGGUUGAUACAGUUCUCCGAAAUCUUACAGUUUUUGAAUAUCUUGAAAACGAGCAAUUCCAUCAAGCUGGUGAACCUGUGUUCCAUCUUCAUAAGCACAUGGCUCACAGCGGCUGGCUUCAUCCACUUGGUGGAAAACUCAGGGGAUCCUUGGGAAAAUUUCCAAAAUUCCCAGUCUCUUUCCUAUUGGGAAUGUGUGUACCUGCUGAUGGUGACCAUGUCCACUGUGGGCUACGGGGAUGUCUAUGCAAAAACCACCCUGGGACGCCUCUUCAUGGUCUUCUUCAUCCUGGGCGGUUUGGCCAUGUUUGCCAGCUACGUCCCUGAAAUCAUAGAGUUAAUAGGAAACCGCAAGAAAUAUGGUGGUUCCUAUAGUGCGGUUAAUGGGAGAAAGCACAUAGUGGUCUGUGGUCAUAUCACCCUCGAAAGCGUCUCCAACUUCCUCAAAGACUUCCUACACAAGGACAGGGAUGAUGUCAAUGUAGAAAUUGUUUUUCUCCAUAAUAUUUCCCCUAAUCUUGAGCUGGAAGCCUUGUUCAAACGCCACUUUACCCAAGUCGAGUUCUACCAGGGAUCUGUCCUCAACCCCCACGAUCUGGCGCGCGUCAAGAUCGAAUCUGCAGAUGCUUGUUUAAUCUUGGCAAACAAAUACUGUGCAGACCCAGAUGCUGAAGAUGCCUCCAACAUCAUGAGGGUCAUCUCCAUCAAGAACUACCAUCCGAAAAUCAGAAUCAUCACACAGAUGCUGCAAUACCACAAUAAGGCCCAUCUGCUGAACAUUCCGAGUUGGAACUGGAAGGAAGGUGACGAUGCUAUCUGCCUGGCAGAGCUCAAGGCUGGCUUCAUCGCCCAGAGCUGCUUGGCCCAGGGCCUGUCCACCAUGCUGGCCAACCUCUUCUCUAUGCGCUCCUUCAUCGAGAUCGAAGAGGACACGUGGCAGAAGUACUACCUUGAAGGCGUGGCUAAUGAGAUGUACACCGAGUAUCUGUCCAGUGCCUUUGUAGGGCUCUCCUUCCCUACUAUUUGUGAGCUGUGCUAUGUGAAGUUGAAGCUGUUACUUAUCGCUAUUGAAUACAAGUCGGAACAGAGAGAGAGCAGCAUCCUUAUUAACCCGGGCAACCACGUGAAGAUGCAGGAGGGAACACUAGGAUUCUUUAUCGCCAGCGACGCCAAAGAAGUCAAAAGAGCAUUUUAUUACUGCAAAGCUUGUCACGACGACAUCACCGACCCAAAAAGGAUCAAGAAAUGCGGCUGCAAACGACCCAAGAUGUCCGUCUACAAACGAAUGAAACUGGCAUGUUGUUUUGAUUGCGGCCGCUCAGAACCAGACUGCUCUUGCAUGUCAGGCAGUGUACAUAGUAACUUGGACACCCUUCAGAGAGCCUACCCACUCUCCUCUGUCUCUAUUCAUGAUUGCGCACCCACUUUACGUGCCUUCGAAGAUGAGCACCCGUCAACGCUGUCGCCCAAAAAAAAGCAGCGCAACGGAGGGAUGCGGAACUCGCCCAACUGCUCGCCCAAAAUGAUGAGACACGACCCCCUCCUUAUUCCUGGAAACGACCAAAUCGAAAACAUGGACAUGAGCGUGAAGAGGUAUGAUUCGACGGGAAUGUUUCACUGGUGCCCGUCCAAAGACAUCGAGAAGGUCAUCCUGACGCGCAGUGAAGCCUCUAUGACAGUGCUGAGCGGCCAUGUGGUGGUCUGUAUAUUUGGAGAUGUCACGUCCGCUUUAGUGGGGCUGCGAAACCUGGUGAUGCCUUUACGUGCCAGCAACUUCCAUUACCACGAACUCAAGCCCAUAGUUUUCGUGGGCUCGCUGGAUUAUUUGCGGAGAGAGUGGGAAACUUUACACAACUUCCCCAAGGUUUCCAUCCUGCCCGGUACACCAUUAAGUCGGGCAGAUUUAAGGGCUGUCAACAUCAACCUCUGCGACAUGUGCGUUAUACUGUCAGCCAAUCAGAACAAUAUCGAAGACGCCUCACUGCAGGAUAAGGAAUGCAUCUUGGCAUCACUCAACAUCAAGUCUAUGCAGUUUGAUGACAGCAUCGGAGUCUUACAGGCUAAUUCCCAAGGUUUCACGCCUCCUGGAAUGGACAGGUCGUCUCCAGACAGCAGUCCAGUACAUGGCUUCGUCCGGCAGGCGUCUGUCACUACAGGGGCCAACAUACCCAUCAUCACAGAACUAGUGAACGACUCAAACGUUCAGUUCCUGGACCAGGACGAUGAUGACGACCCGGACACAGAGCUGUACCUCACUCAGCCCUUCGCCUGUGGCACGGCCUUCGCUGUCAGUGUACUCGACUCCCUCAUGAGCGCCACGUACUUUAAUGACAACAUCCUGACCCUGAUUCGGACCCUGGUGACGGGUGGGGCCACCCCAGAGCUGGAGGCGCUGCUGGCUGAAGAGAACGCUCUGAGAGGAGGCUACAGCACGCCACAGACACUGGCCAACAGAGACAGGUGUCGCGUGGCCCAGCUCGCCCUCUACGACGGCCCCUUCGCAGACUUGGGGGACGGUGGCUGCUACGGAGACCUGUUCUGCAAAGCACUGAAGACAUACAACAUGCUGUGUUUUGGCAUCUAUAGGUUAAGAGACGCCCACCUCGGCACACCCAGCCAGUGCACAAAACGAUACGUGAUCACCAACCCUCCAUACGAGUUCGAGCUGGUGCCCACAGACCUGAUCUUCUGUCUCAUGCAGUUUGACCACAACGCGGGCCAGUCACGGACAAGCUUCUCCCACUCGUCCCACUCCUCCCAUUCCUCCAGUAAGAAGAGCUCCUCUGUCCACUCCAUCCCUCCAUCCAACCGGCAGAACCGCAGCAGCAAGAGCAGAGAGUCGCGCGACAAGCAGAAUGCAACAAGGAUGAAUAGAAUGGGCCAAGAAAAGAAAUGGUUUACAGAUGAACCGGACAACGCCUAUCCCAGGAACAUUCAGAUCAAGCCCAUGAGCACUCACAUGGCCAACCAAGUCAACCAAUACAAAUCCACCAGUAGUCUGAUCCCACCAAUCAGAGAAGUAGAAGACGAAUGCUGAAGCCCGCCUCCUUGUGGACUGCUCUGUAAUAGCAGCGGACAGCCGUGGUCAGCGCAGGACUGACGAGCAGGAGGAAGACUGUCAUAUCUCUCCACUAAAGGGACCUCCUCCAAUGUGUAUACCUUUAAUGUUACUUCCAUGCUCGGACAUUGUUUAUUUAUUCUGUGUCCAUAGACAUGUACAUAAUGACAAUCAGUCAACACGGAUUGUACAGCCCCUCUCCCCUAGCACUUUUUGGAAUUAUUUUAGAGUUGACGGAAAAAAAAGUACUUCCUGUAAUUCUCUGCAAUAGUUCACCUCUGGAUGUGACCAGACUCCAUGCCUACAGCUGCUAGAGUGUGGAGAAUGAGGGUUACAUUUGUGUUUUCAAUAAUAACGAUCAUAUCAUUUCCCUGUGAGUCGCCCGGAUGUGUCACGUCAAAGCAGCUGGCCUCGUCUACUUCUGUUCGAUUUGCACUAAAAACUGAACACUGCUGACAGAGCAACUGGACCGCCCCAGCCCACUGUCCACUGUCCACACACCGGUCUGACCAGAGAAGGCUGCAGAGAAGGCCACAGAGAAGGCUACUGAGGCUUACUAACCCCAACAUCACCUCCUGAGUGUGGCUGUGCGCUAAAGGAGAGGAGACUGUGAUGAGUCCAUGAGGCAGAAGGCCUGUCCCUCAUGUGUCCAUGUGUGUGUGUUUGUGAGUGUGAGCGUGAAUGAGUGAACAUUACAGUGCCAUCUUCACCGUCGGCUUACACGAUGCUGCACCAGUCAGACUAGCAUGUGCGCUCUUAUCAAAGCCUUUACAACAAGAAUCUAAUAGUCUAAUAACCAUGUGUUGCAUUUUCUAUCAAACUGAAGCCAACUCUGCCUGAGCUCUGAGCAGCAGCUGUGCACCGCAGCAAACGCCUCUGUGCGCUGUCUGUGAUGUAGUGGGAUCACCAUGAAUACUAGUAUUACUGAAUGUUUGUGUUUGUGUCUGUCUCUACUGGACAGCUCUAAUGCCACGUAUC